CCUAAGUCUGCCACGAUGUAGGAGACUCCUCUGGUCUCCAUGGAAACGCAAUACAACUACAAGGGGAAGAUGGCAACUUUGGACAGGCUGCAGGAACUUCUGGUGGGGCUGGAGAACGAGUAUUUUGGUAGGAAUUGGAUUGCAGAAGAAAACCGACUGAGAGAACAUUGUGCUGCUGUGAAAAUCCAGAGCUGUUUUAGGGGGUUUAAGGUUCGAGCACGUAUCAGAUACUUGCAGAAAAAGGCGAUCAUCAUUCAGAAAACAUGGCGAGGAUUUCAAAGCCGGGUAUAUUUCAGAUUCAUGGUGCAGAGAGCAUAUUUUAUUAUGAAGAUGAAUUUCUACAAUGAAAUGGCUGUCAGGAUCCAGAAAAGAUGGCAUGGAUAUUAUGUUCGAAAAUAUAUCCAUAAUUUCUAUGAAAUGAAGAAGUAUUUCAUUGGCCUCAGCAUUAAAAAUCUGACUAUAAGAAAAAAACUGGAAGAAUACGAGCAGACAAAGAAGAAGGAACGGGAAAGGAAAGCUACAGAGGAGGAAGAGAGAAGAAAGUGUUACGAAGCCCGAAAGAUACAUUACCUCCUCAGCACUGAGCAGAUUCCAGGUAUUUACAACUCUCCAUACAGGCAGUACCCAAGUGAAAUGGAGUAUAUAUUACAACACACCAGACCGCGGAGUCACUUUAUAUCUCGCAAAAAGGAUGUCACCAAAGAUCUUGUAGAUCCAUCAAUAUCAGGUGUUCCAUGCAGCUUUCCUCCAUUACUACUACCAAUACUCAGAAAGAAACCACAGGGUCCCUUCCGCGAUACUGCUGAAGUAUUGCAACAGCGCUACAAGCCUUUGGAGCCAACCUUGCGGGUGGCAACAUCAAUCACAUCAGAGGAGGAGGCACGGAAGGAGAUGAAAAGAGAAGAAUGGAGAAAUCGUGUACAUGACAAUAUAUUCCUGCCCUUUAGCCGUACAAGUAAGUUUAAAACCUAUGAGCCACUCCUACACACAAGCAGCAAAUAUGGACCCAUUGCUUAUGGAACUAAGCACUUCAGAGCACCAGAAGACAAACCAUUCAUGAAUAAGCCAUUCAAAACUGUUUUCACAUCUGUCUACCUUUUUGAGAAGUUUCAAAAAACAUAUUCCAAAGCUGGAGAAGUGUUUUAAGAAAUAAGAGAAAGCACUUCCUGCUGUGAUGAGUUGAAGAAAUCCACUAGUUCUUGUGUGAUAAAUAAUAUCAAUGGAAAAAUGAAAAUAUUAGUGAUAGCAUACUAUAGAUUUUGCAGUAAAAGUUCCAACCUAUUAAAAAUAAACUGGCAAUGCAUUUCUGAUUGAAAUAAUACUAUUUUGUUAUAUGAUAUUUUUGAUAUGAGUGGGGCCUACGUGUUUUGUUAAAGAAGGUCACUACCUCCUAUUUUCCUUAGGAUAAUUAACAUUGUUGAGACCAUCUCUGUUCAUUGUAGUCAGUAUGAGAAAAAUUUUAAAUGCAAUUUGAUAUAAAGAUAUUUUUGAUUGUGACAGAAUUUGUCUGUCAAAAUUGCUACAUAUUCAGAAAGGCCACACAUUCAAAUAUUAUUUCCGGAGAAAUUGAAAGCAUUAGUGAGCACCUGGAAAUUUCUUAAUUACUUAAAAUGCAGACUUUAUUCAAACAUAAAUAUGUUUGCAUGUAUGAGAAUUAAAAUAGAUUUCAAAUGAUCAGCACAGAACAUAUUUGAACAAUCAAAAAUCAUAUUUUCCUCUUUAGUACAUGCAAAGGUAUAAUUGAUCACCAUUUACACAACUAGAAAAAUCUGAAAAUGUAGAAUGAAGUAAUCCACUUUGCAAAGAAAAUCAUCUCACUCAAAUAGUAGUUACAUUCUAAAAAAAGGUUUUAGAUAAGCACUUUGAUAUAAAUUGUUGCAGAAGUUAAGAAAAAUAUAAAAUGAUUUCUGAUUACUGUAGUACUGCCAAAGUAUUUUUCACGAUCACUAUAGAAACACUUAAGUGCAGAAGGACUUUUUAAAAAAAAAAGAUUUUACUAUUUCUUUCCAUCGUAUUAUUCACUCAAAUAAAGGACUUUCCAUGAGGAAUAAUGUUGAGCAUCUUAAGUCUUUAUCUAUAAAUUUUACAAAUUCAAACAGAAGUUUAUGUUAAAUAAAUAUCUGAAAUGCAAGAAAAAUACAUUUGACAGUAAAAGAGUACAGUGUGGUUGGAAGGGAGUAAGCGGGAGAAAAGAUUUUUGUGUAAGAAAUUUACUUAAAUUGUGCUAGGUCAAAAUAUCAUCAAGCUAACUCAAAAAGAUAAUUUAAACUUAUGAUUAUAACAAAAUAAGGAAGUGAUCUAUUUGGCUAACUUUUAGAUACUAGUCAAACAAUACAAAAUCUGAUCCACUUCAAUAAUUAUAUAGAGUCAUUCAAUCCACUCCCACAUUCACGUUUUAUACCACCACUAUUCUAUGGAUCAAAGUUCUGAAAAAUAGUAAAAUUUAUUAACAGAACAUUGGAUGUUUUAAAUAAAAUAUGUUGCUUUUA